AUGCCCAAGUCGCAGCCUCAGUCCGGCAUCAGCCGGCUCCUGGGCAUUCUCGGCCUCCUGACCGCUCUCCUGGCGUCGGUUUUCUACGUGCUGGAGCAGAACCUCGACAAGUUCUACAUCUUUGAUCUGCAGCACCUGGACGACGUGUCGAAGCGCGCGCUGGCUGAGCACGGCAACAACACCAGGGCCGUGGUGGAGUACAUCGUGACCGAGCUCAACGAGAAGACUCCUGCGCAUGUCAACCUCAAUGAGGAGUGGGUGUUUAACAACGCUGGCGGUGCCAUGGGCGCCAUGUACAUUAUCCACGCCAGUGUGACCGAGUACCUCAUCGUCUUUGGCACCGCGAUCGGCACCGAGGGCCACACGGGCCGCCACACGGCCGACGACUACUUCCACAUCCUCAGCGGCACCCAGCUGGCCUACGUCCCCGGCUCGUACGAGCCCGAGGUGUAUCCUCCCGGCAGCAUCCACCACCUCCGCCGUGGCGACGUGAAGCAGUACAAGAUGCCCGAGAGCUGCUUCGCGCUCGAGUACGCCCGAGGCUGGAUCCCCCCCAUGCUCUUCUUUGGCUUCGCCGACGGCCUUUCUAGCACCCUCGACUUCCCCACGCUGUGGCACACGACGCGCAUUACUGGCCGGGAGAUGAUUUCGAACCUUCUCAAGGGCAAGUUGUAA